CUUUUUGAUUCCAGAAGAAAGGGGAGAUGAGUAGGUGGGGCAGUGAAAACGUGUAAGAAAGAUAUUGGCCAGUUUUAGAUGUAGAUGGAGGAAGCCACAGAAGUUUGACAAGCCGUUUUCCCACCUACCCUAAGGGCGGGCCUCGGUUCUAGGCCCUAGAGCUGGACUCAAGUCUACAAAGUGGGAGAGGCCUGGGAAAGGGGCGGGUCUGGGAGAGGCCCCACCCCCUGAUCAACUUUACGAAGGGGUCGCGGGUGCUGCUGGGGGGCGCCAGACAAGCCUGGUGAGCAUGCGCAGGUGUGCUGGCCUGCUCCUGGAAUUUAAGAGGUACGGAACCGGCGCCGGCGAGUAAGGGUCAAGUGUGACCCACGGUACUUCAGUUCUGCAGUGUUUACCAACGCAAUCUCCCUUCCCCGACCGGGCGGGCGACUUGUGCGGCUCCUCUGAAGUGGCUCCUGGGUGUGACUGAACCCAGCCCUGGUUGGGAGCGGUACUUGCAGGUAUCACGCGGCUCAGCGGGCAGUGAGGAGGCGGUGUACUCGUUUGGAAGGAAAUCACUACAAAGAGCCCACACUCAAUGGAGAGUUAUGCGCUACCUCCUGGAGGCCUGAUUUCUCAGUUACCUGAAUAUUGGCUGUGUGUCUGAAGCUCCUGGAACUUUUCUCACUGCAUAUAUACAUUGUACACAAGUGCUUAGCCCCAGCCUGAGAAUUAUUAGAAUCUUCUGGUAAGACAAAUUUGAACUGCAGUGGGAGUUCUGUGGAGGAGGAUGCAGCCUUUGAGCAAGCUGAUGACUAUCUCAAAGCCUCAUAACCUGACUCCUCAUGAACAAAGUGAGGUCCUGAGAGCAGAUACGUCUUGGCAGCAGGAAACCAUCGCAGUCAUGGAGACAGAUGACUGUGAGGCUUCUCGUCAGAAAUUCAGGCAUUUCCAGUAUUUGGAAGUGUCUGGGCCUCGUGAAGCCCUGAGCCAACUCUGGGAGCUCAGUCUUCAGUGGCUGAGACCAGAAAUUCAUACAAAGAAGCAGAUUCUAGAGCUAUUGGUGCUGGAGCAGUUCCUGACAAUUCUCCCUGAAGAAGUCAGGACUUGGGUGAAUUUACAACAUCCGAAGAAUAGCGAAGAAGUGGUGAGCCUCAUACAGGAUGUGAUUGAUAUGCUUGAAGAUGAAGGUAUAACCUGCAAGGAUUCUGUCCUACAUCAGAAAGGGAGCUUCAAGAAAGAGAAAAUGGAAGCGGACUUAAUAACAGGCAAAUCCCAGGAACCAGUGAAAUUCAAAGAUGUGGUUGUGGAAUUCAGCAAAGAAGAGUGGGGGCAACUGGACCCUGCUGUAAAGAACCUGUACAGGCAUGUGAUGCUGGAGAACUAUAGGAACCUGAAUUCACUGCAUAAAGAGCAUCUACUUUCCAAACCAUUUGAGACCUCCAAGUUGGAGAGUAAGAAAGAAAGUUGGAUAAUGGAGCAAGAAAUCCCAAGAACAGCUGUUUUUGACAGAGAGAGAAUUUCAGAAAAUCAGGAAUUAGUCCCAAAACAGAGAAUUUCUGGAGAAGAAUCAUCCCAUGCAGUGAUUAUGACAAGAUUGACUGAAGGUGAACAUUUUCCUGUAGAUGCCUGGAACAGUGAUGACUGGUUAUAUAGGAAUCAGGAACCCUGGGACAUAAAUUUGCCGCAAGAAGUUUUCAUUCCUAAUAUAGUGUAUACUGAGGAGGGAGACUUUGAAUAUAGUGAAAAUAAGGUAAGCGCUGAUAUUAAGUCAGUUAAGUCAAUUUUUGAUACACAACAGGGAAUUCCUAUGAGAAAGGAUUCCCCAAAGUGUGAUCAGCUUAAAACUAACUUUGAAUUUAAUUUAGACUCAAUAGGUAAGCAGCAUUCAGAAUAUAAGUGUGGGAGUGCCUUGAGCCUGAGUACAGAUAUUCAGCACCCCAAAAGUCAUACCACCGUGAAUUUCUAUAAAUGUUAUCAGUGUGGAAAGGCCUUCAGCCGCAGUUCAUCGCUCAUUCGACAUCAGAUCAUUCACACAGGAGAGAGACCCUAUCAAUGCAGUGAAUGUGGAAGAUGCUUCAACCGACGUUCAAACCUUACAAAGCAUCAAAAAAUUCACGCUGCAACAAAAGCCUGGGAAGGCAAUCAAUGUGGAAAAGCCCUCAGUGAGCAUGAAGACAGUAAUAGAAAUCCAGGACUCCAUUCUACAAAUAAUCUCUAUGAAUGUGUUAAGUGUGGAAAAUCCUUCACCCGUGGCUCCUCACUUACUCGACAUCAAACGAUUCAUACAGGAGAGAAACCAUUCAAAUGUAAGCAAUGUAAGAAAACCUUUAACAGAAGUUCAAACCUGCUUAAACACCAAAAAAUUCAUACUUGAGAGAAGUCCUGUGAUAGCAACAAUGUGGGAUUCCUUCAGUCAGAGUGCAAAACUUAUUCAAAGUCUGUGAAUUUCUUCUGGAAGGAAUCCUGUGAAUAUAGUAAAUGGAAGAAAAUAUCUGUCAGAGAGUAUUCUUUAAUUGAUAUGAAUGAAUUAAUACUGGAGAUAAAUUGGAUAGAAAUCUGAGGGAGCUUUUCCAGAUUUCAUAUGAAGCCAUAGGGUUCGGAAUUAAACACAGCAACGUG